UCGACGUCCGCUUUGACUUCGCGUGUUUGGCUAUUGAAUUGCGUUUGCUUGCCACACAUGCCACUUCUGUGACAGGCCAUGGUAGUGUGUUGUUAUUCCGGUUGCGCUAAUCGUUCAGAGUUUGCAAGUAAAGAAUCUGGCAUAACGUACCACCACUUUCCCCGAGACGAGUCCUUACGAUUGCAAUGGGUGAAUGCGAUCGGGAGACCGGAUUGGGUGCCAACGAAGUACAGCCGAGUGUGCUCAAAACACUUCAGGAACGAGGACUUCGACAGAACGUCGCUAACACGCGUGCGCCUGCGGGAGGGUUCCGUUCCUGUCGCACAUCCGUCGGUUCAAGUUCACCAGGAGGAGCAUGACUUGCCAGCCAGACGGGAACCUAGCGGGCAAGAACCAAUAGGCGUGUGCACGCCUGAACCCGGCACGAGCAACGUGAGCCUGCCUGAGCCUGACACACAGGAGGAGAUUGAAGUGAGCAUGGCGUCUGGAUCUGACACUCAAGAGCCAAUGGAUGUGGGCCUGCUCGAACCAAAGACACCAGAGCGAAUCCAUGUAGACAGAACUACAAGCACACCUCUUGUGUCUGCUGUGUCCAGCCCCACACCAGCCAAGGCUUCCAGCAGUAUCAGUUCCGACACACCAGGGCGAUUUGAACAGUCGCGCACGGUAAGCCUUCGGAAGUAUUGA